AGAAUAUCAUAAUGGCGACGAGUAAAAUUUUCUGGCUUUUGAGCUGGGGCUCCUUUAUUACAGUAUAUAUGACAAAUUUUAAUUAUGGCCGAAGACAUUUGGUGACGGACACUUUUUCAAGACGAAAGGAAACCGUUCUACUACAAAAAGUACUUCAACUUGUCAAAAACCAAGAGAGAAAGAUUACAUCCAUCAAUGACAAACUCUCCCAGUGCCUUUCCAUAUCAGGAACAUUUCCUUAUGGAAGCCAUGAUGACGAAUUGACGCCCUCACUGCUUCAUUCAAAUUCAAUGAUGCAGGGUACCACAACAUUCACAAUCUUACAAGAACGAAAAUCAACAAUUCUUGAACCAAAUCCAACUUUAAAAACAACGGAUGAAGAACCUAAAACUACCGAGAUUCUAACAUCAACUGCAAGGAAAGCGAAAUCCAUGGGCGGUGAUUUGACGUUUUUUCCCGCCAUUUCAACUUCCUCAUUGGCAUCGACAACAGCAGCUACACAAUCAACUAAUCAAGCAGCAAGACCAAUGGGUAGCAGAGGCAGAGAAUUUUUUAUCUUAUUUAUGAGGAAUUUUCCUUCAGCGAUUGGGAACUUGAGUGUUCAUAUAACGACAAACAACGAAACAACAGUUAAAGUAUUAACGUCCCCUUCCUUGGAUACAGACUUUAAAUCGGUUAUUCAUUUUAACUCCAACUUUAAACUCGGUCCCCCCUUAAACCUUGUCUGUGAAUAUUCUACUGUUGAACAGAAAGGUCUAAUACUACAGACCUCUGAAUUAUCAACUGUAACAAUAUUUGAUAGUUAUUAUACAUACUCAAACGAUGGGGCGCUGAUUAUUCCAAUACAGAAACUCUCGAACAAAUAUAUUGUUUCUUCAACAGAACCGUAUACUACCAGUCGAAAUUAUUACAGUCAAUUUGCCAUUGGAGCACUCUAUAACAGGACAAAUGUAGAGAUUAUAUUCAAACUUAAGCACAAUACUCCUCUCACUAUGCAGGGUAAAUCGUACAGAGACGGGGAUAUUUUCGUAGUAACGUUAGAAAGAUUUGAUACGUUACAAAUUGGGCAUGUAACAGAUCUCUCUGGCUCCUUCAUAACAUCCACGAAACCUAUCGCAGUUUUUUCCGGAAAUCGUUGUGUAAAUUUGAAAAGCCUGGGUUGCAGUCACAUGGUUACGCAGCUUCCUCCGACAACCGAGAUAGAUACUCAAUAUAUUAUACCCCCGUUCUACAACAAUGCUGGGACAUUAAUUCAAGUGCUCAGUGAAAAUCGUAGUUCCAUAAACUCCAGUGUCGGUAGCAGUGUUUCAAAUUUUCAUUUAAAUGAAUUGUGUUCAUCCAUAAUAUGUUAA